CCAACACUUGGCAUCGAUUUGUGUUGCCUUUGGUUAAGACAACAACAAAACACUCUCUCCUCGAGAAGCAGCUAAACAUACGAACAGUUGAUCCCAUCGUUUGCUUGUCUUCACAUACAUUCAAAGCCAAUCAUAAUAACCAUAAAUGCUAUACAUUUGAAGCCAACAGUCAUUCAUUGGUCCACUUCUUGUAUAUUGAAUGCAAAUUUAGUUUAUGUUUUGUCUUCAUUUGAUGCCAAAGUGAUGUCAACUUUGGUUAAGACAAGUGAUGGACACAAACGAUGAGUCAAUUGAUGGAUGAGAUGUACGAUUGUCUCAUGAGAAUCACCCAAAUUGUCCAUUAAGUCUUUGUCACUGUCUUCUCUCGUUAUUCCUCCGCAUUUGUGUCUAAUAUUCAAGAAUUGAUUGCUUUUUGAAAUCAUGGUUAAGAAGAAGAAAAGUAUUUCUCCCGAAAAGUCAAACACCAAUGAUAUGAACGAUAGCACAACCGAUGCGCCAACGGAUCCGCAAUCAGAGCCGACCUCUUCGGUGAAGAUUUCAUAUCCUUUCAAAAGCCGCGAAUGGGUGUCGACUCGCGGUUCUAGUAAUUCAAAGAAACCUAAAGUAUGGAAAAGUCUGAAACAAAUACUGGUCAGCGAUAAGGGAUCGGCGGUUACGGGUGUUUCGUACGCAUCCCUCGACUCCAAACCCUCCCGAAGACCCGCCAAAAGAUAUUCCGAUUUAAGCGGACUUCCGGCCAAA